AUGGUCCUCCUGCCAAAGCAUAACGGGGAUGCAUCCAGUAAUCGGACCUUCCUGGCGGCCUCGGCUAAAAGCCAAGAGUUUAACAGCAAAUAUAGAGAAAGCCGAACCCCAAUGUUUGUUUUCUUCUCUGUAGGAAAUGUGGGAGCACAAUCUGAUGAACAUAUCAGUAUGACAGCUCCUCAGCUGGUUGAGGAAGAAACACCCCAGGCUGCUGGCACUUGGAGGACUGACAGUGACCAAAUACUUGCUCAGCCACAGACAGGAGAGGAUCCUGUGGUGUCAAACAGGGAGCAGCAGAGAGGGCUUCUGCAAGGUGUUCCAUUCCUCAAGGAGUUCCAUUCUGGUAACAGCAACGAUGGCGCUGAUGCCCCAGGGAACCCUGGUUCUGUUGUUUGUGUUGCCUUGCUGUCGCCAAGAAUCCAGUUUCUGGUUCUACCUCCGCCAGGAGUACAAGCUCCAGGCACUGCCAGCUUACCUCCACCAGGAGAACAAGCUCCAGGCACUGCCAGCUUACCUCCACCAGGAGUACAAGCUCCAGGCACUGCCAGCUUACCUCCGCCAGGAGUACAAACUCCAGGCACUGCCAGCUUACAUCCACCAGGAGUACAAGCUUCAGGCACUGCCAGCUUACCCCCACCAGGAGUACAAGCUCCAGGCACUGCCAGCUUACCUCCACCAGGAGUACAAGCUCCAGGCACUGCCAGUUUACCUCCACCAGGAGUACAAGCUCCAGGCACUGCCAGCUUACCUCCACCAGGAGAACAAGCUCCAGGCACUGCCAGCUUACCUCCACCAGGAGUACAAGCUCCAGGCACUGCCAGCUUACCUCCGCCAGGAGUACAAACUCCAGGCACUGCCAGCUUACCUCCACCAGGAGUACAAGCUUCAGGCACUGCCAGCUUACCCCCACCAGGAGUACAAGCUGCAGGCACUGCCAGCUUACCUCCGCCAGGAGUACAAGCUCCAGGCACUGCCAGCUUACCUCCACCAGGAGUACAAGCUCCAGGCACUGCCAGCUUACCUCCACCAGGAGUACAAGCUCCAGGCACUGCCAGCUUACCUACACCAGGAGUACAAGCUCCAGGCACUGCCAGCUUACCUCCACCAGGAGUCCAAGCUGCAGGCACUGCCAGCUUAGCUCUGCCAGGAGUACAAGCUCCAGGCACUGCCAGCUUACCUCCACCAGGAGUCCAAGCUGCAGGCACCAGCAGCUUACCUCCGCCAGGAGUACAAGCUCCAGGCACUGACAGCUUACCUCCACCAGGAGUACAAGCUCCAGGCACUGCCAGCUUACCUACACCAGGAGUACAAACUCCAGGCACUGCCAGCUUACCUCCACCAGGAGAACAAGCUCCAGGCACUGCCAGCUUAUCUCCACCAGGAGUACAAGCUCCAGGCACUGCCAGCUUACCUCCACCAGGAGUACAAACUCCAGGCACUGCCAGCUUACCUCCACCAGGAGUACAAGCUUCAGGCACUGCCAGCUUACCCCCACCAGGAGUACAAGCUCCAGGCACUGCCAGCUUACCUCCACCAGGAGUACAAGCUCCAGGCACUGCCAGUUUACCUCCACCAGGAGUACAAGCUCCAGGCACUGACAGCUUACCUCCACCAGGAGAACAAGCUCCAGGCACUGCCAGCUUACCUCCACCAGGAGUACAAGCUCCAGGCACUGCCAGCUUACCUCCGCCAGGAGUACAAACUCCAGGCACUGCCAGCUUACCUCCACCAGGAGUACAAGCUUCAGGCACUGCCAGCUUACCCCCACCAGGAGUACAAGCUGCAGGCACUGCCAGCUUACCUCCGCCAGGAGUACAAGCUGCAGGCACUGCCAGCUUACCUCCGCCAGGAGUACAAGCUCCAGGCACUGCCAGCUUACCUCCACCAGGAGUACAAGCUCCAGGCACUGCCAGCUUACCUACACCAGGAGUACACGCUCCAGGCACUGCCAGCUUACCUCCACCAGGAGUCCAAGCUGCAGGCACUGCCAGCUUACCUCUGCCAGGAGUACAAGCUCCAGGCACUGCCAGCUUACCUCCACCAGGAGUCCAAGCUGCAGGCACCAGCAGCUUACCUCCGCCAGGAGUACAAGCUCCAGGCACUGACAGCUUACCUCCACCAGGAGUACAAGCUCCAGGCACUGCCAGCUUACCUACACCAGGAGUACAAACUCCAGGCACUGCCAGCUUACCUACACCAGGAGUACAAGCUCCAGGCACUGCCAGCUUACCUCCACCAGGUGUACAAGCUCCAGGCACUGACAGCUUACCUCCACCAGGAGUCCAAGCUGCAGGCACUGCCAGCUUACCUCCGCCAGGAGUACAAGCUCCAGGCACUGCCAGCUUACCUCCACCAGGAGUACAAGCUGCAGGCACUGCCAGCUUACCUCUGCCAGGAGUACAAGCUCCAGGCACUGCCAGCUUACCACCACCAGGAGUACAAGCUCCAGGCACUGCCAGCUUACCUCUGCCAGGAGUACAAGCUGCAGGCACUGCCAGCUUACCUCUGCCAGGAGUACAAGCUCCAGGCACUGCCAGCUUACCUCCACCAGGAGUCCAAGCUGCAGGCACCACCAGCUUACCUCCGCCAGGAGUACAAGCUCCAGGCACUGACAGCUUACCUCCACCAGGAGUACAAGCUCCAGGCACUGCCAGCUUACCUACACCAGGAGUACAAGCUCCAGGCACUGCCAGCUUAUCUCCACCAGGAGUACAAGCUCCAGGCACUGACAGCUUACCUCCACCAGGAGUACAAGCUCCAGGCACUGCCAGCUUACCUACACCAGGAGUACAAGCUCCAGGCACUGCCAGCUUACCUCCACCAGGAGUACAAGCUCCAGGCACUGCCAGCUUACCUCCACCAGGAGUCCAAGCUGCAGGCACCACCAGCUUACCUCCGCCAGGAGUACAAACUCCAGGCACUGCCAGCUUACCUCCACCAGGAGUACAAGCUCCAGGCACUGCCAGCUUACCUCCACCAGGAGUACAAGCUCCAGGCACUGCCAGCUUAUCUCCACCAGGAGUACAAGCUCCAGGCACUGACAGCUUACCUCUACCAGGAGUCCAAGCUGCAGGCACCUCCAGCUUACCUCCGCCAGGAGUACAAGCUCCAGGCACUGCCAGCUUACCUCCACCAGGAGUACAAGCUCCAGGCACUGCCAGCUUACCUCCACCAGGAGUACAAGCUCCAGGCACUGCCAGCUUACCUUCACCAGGAGUACAAGCUCCAGGCACUGCCAGCUUACCUUCACCAGGAGUACAAGCUCCAGGCACUGACAGCUUACCUCCACCAGGAGUCCAAGCUGCAGGCACCACCAGCUUACCUCCGCCAGGAGUACAAGCUCCAGGCACUGCCAGCUUACCUCCACCAGGAGUACAAGCUCCAGGCACUGUCAGCUUACCUCCACCAGGAGUACAAGCUCCAGGCACUGCCAGCUUAUCUCCACCAGGAGUACAAGCUCCAGGCACUGACAGCUUACCUCUACCAGGAGUCCAAGCUGCAGGCACCUCCAGCUUACCUCCGCCAGGAGUACAAGCUCCAGGCACUGCCAGCUUACCUCUGCCAGGAAUACAAGCUCCAGGCACUGCCUGCUUACCUCUGCCAGGAGUCCAAGCUCCAGGCACUGCCAGCUUACCUCUGCCAGGAGUACAAGCUCCAGGCACUGCCAGCUUACCUCCACCAGGAGUACAAGCUCCAGGCACUGCCAGCUUACCUUCACCAGGAGUACAAGCUCCAGGCACUACCAGCUUACCUCUGCCAGGAGUACAAGCUCCAGGCACUGCCAGCUUACCUCCACCAGGAGUACAAGCUCCAGGCACUACCACCUUACCUCCACCAGGAGUACAAGCUCCAGGCAUUGCCAGCUUCCCUCCACCAGGAGUACAAGCUCCAGGCACUACCACCUUACCUCCACCAGGAGUACAAGCUCCAGGCACUGCCAGCUUACCUACACCAGGAGUACAAGCUCCAGGCACUGCCAGCUUACCUCUGCCAGGAGUACAAGCUCCAGGCAUUGCCAGCUUACCUCCCCCAGGAGUACAAGCUCCAGGCACUGCCAGCUUACCUCUGCCAGGUGUACAAGCUACAGGCACUGCCAGCUUACCUCCGCCAGGAGUACAAGCUCCAGGCACUGCCAGUUUACCUCCACCAGGAGUACAAGCUCCAGGCACUGCCAACUUACCUUCACCAGGAGUACAAGCUCCAGGCACUGCCAGCUUACCUUCACCAGGUGUACAAGCUCCAGGCACUACCAGCUUACCUCCGCCAGGAGUACAAGCUCGGGAAUAUUGCCGCCAGGAGUCAAGGCUCCAUGCUCUGCCACGUUACCAGGAGUCGCAGGCCACACUACCAACGCUGCAAACACUGCCCUGCUGA